AAACACAUACACGCUUUCAUUCAUACACGUUCACACAUAUUCUCUAAAUCUCUCAAGAUUUCACAAUUUUCUUGUGAUUUUUUUCUUCUUUCGAUUCAAGAAACAUGAGUAGCGUAGACGAGAGCUCUACAACUACAGAUUCCAUUCACACUCCGGUCAAGAUUCCGGCGAAGAAGUCACCGUCUCCGGCGGGUUUACUAUACAGAAUGGGAAGUGGAACAAGCGUGGUUCUUGAUUCCGAGAACGGUCUCGAAGCGGAAUCAAGAAAGCUUCCUUCUUCAAGAUUCAAAGGUGUUGUUCCUCAACCAAACGGUAGAUGGGGAGCUCAGAUAUACGAGAAGCACCAGCGCGUAUGGCUUGGGACAUUCAACGAAGAAGACGAAGCAGCGCGUGCUUACGACGUCGCGGCUCACCGGUUCCGUGGCCGCGACGCUGUUACCAAUUUCAAAGAAGCUAAAGUCGACGACGAUGAAGAGGUUGAGUUCUUAAACGACCAUUCGAAGUCAGAGAUCGUUGAUAUGUUGAGGAAACACACUUACAACGAAGAGUUAGAACAGAGGAAACGUAAACGUUACGGUAACGGAAACAAGACGACAGGGUUUGGUUCCGUUACCGUGGCGGUUAUAACGGGGUUUAAAACGUCGGGGUUGCUGUUUGAGAAGACGGUAACGCCGAGCGACGUGGGGAAACUAAACCGUUUGGUUAUACCGAAACACCAAGCGGAGAAACAUUUUCCGUUAAGUGGUGGUGAUGAAAGUAACGUCUCCGUGAAAGGUAUGCUGUUGAACUUUGAGGACGUUAACGGAAAAGUGUGGAGGUUCCGUUACUCGUAUUGGAAUAGUAGUCAAAGUUAUGUGUUGACUAAAGGUUGGAGUAGGUUUGUUAAAGAGAAGAGACUUUGUGCUGGCGAUUCGAUCUGUUUUAAAAGAUCUAACGGUCAGGAUCACAAGUUGUAUAUUGGGUGGAAAUCGAAGUCUGGAUCCGGGUCUGGGUCGGAUCAGGAUACGGGUCGGAUUGUGAGGUUGUUCGGGGUUGAUAUUUGUUUCAGCGACACCGCCGGUCUAGUGGUUAAGGAAGAAGCGGAGAUGUCAAUGUCGUUGAAGUGUAAUAAUCAUAAGAAGCAACGAGUUUUGUAAUUACAAUUUUAACAACUCUUUUUUCUUUUGGGAUAACAAAAAGUUAAUUGUUUUGAUU